GCCAGCUACUGGUCCCCAGCUACACUACACGAACUUCAACACAAUGGUGUUCGCAUUUUGGAAGGUCUUUCUGAUCCUAAACUGCCUUGCAGGUCAAGUUACUGGGGUGCAAGUGACCAUCCCAAAAAGUGUUGUGAAUGUGACUGUUGGAUCUAAUGUCACUCUCAUCUGCACCUAUACCAGCACUGUGGCCUCCCGGGACAAUCUUUCCAUCCAGUGGUCCUUCUCCAAUGAAAAAGAGUUACGUCCAAUUACUCACAACCGGUGCCUCAAUAAUGAGGCUAUGGAGGAAAAGGCAGUCAGUCAGUGUCUAAAAAUGGCGCAUGCAAGAGAUGCUCGGGGAAGAUGUAGCUGGACCUCUCAGAUUUACUAUUCUGAAGGUGGACAAGCUGCAUCCAGCGGGCAAUUUGAAGAUCGAAUUGUGGUAUCCAAUGAGCCAGAUAAUGCAUCCAUCACUAUUUUGCAUAUACAACCAGCAGAUAGUGGAACCUACACCUGCGAUGUUAACAACCCCCCAGACUUUGAUGGCAACAAUCAAGGCAUUGUCACAGUUAGUGUGUUAGUAAAACCUUCUAAGCCCUUUUGCAGCAUUCAAGGAAUACCAGAAACUGGCCAACCUAUAUCUCUUUCUUGCCUCUCGGUGCUCGGAACACCUUCUCCUGUGUACCACUGGUAUAAACUUGAAGGAAGAGACAUCAUUCCAGUGAAAGAAAGCUUUGAUCCAGCAACCGGGACUUUGGUUUUUGGAAAUCUGACCAAUUUUGAACAAGGUUAUUACCAGUGCACUGCAACCAACAUCCUUGGCAAUAGCUCCUGUGAAAUCGAUCUAACUGUUUCACAUCCAGAAGUUGGAAUCAUUGUUGGGGCCUUGGUGGGUUCCCUAGUGGGUGCUGCCAUUAUCACCUCUGUGGUGUGUUUUGCAAGGAGCAAGGCAAAGGCAAAGGGGAAGGAAAGGAAGAGAAGUUCUAAAACCACCACAGAACUCGAACCAAUGGCAAAGAUAAACACAGGCACAGAGUUCGAGACAACACCAUCUGAAGAUGUUAUCCAAGUAAAAGCAACGCUGCAUCCUUCCUUCUAUGAGACUGACUUCAGCACCAUUCUGGGGCCAGAUCCAGGGUCUAUCCCCAAGCCUGAGCCUUCCGUGGAUCCUGCCCAGGAGCCUGCCCCAGGACCUGAGCCUGCCCAGGUGCUUGAAGUUGAAAUCAUGUUGGAGCCAGAGGCUGAGCCCAAGCUGGAGUCCGAGCUUGAGAUUGUGGGUGAUGAGGAAAAGCAAGUGAAUAAGACAUAGGCUGGUAGCCUAAGUACAGUGUUGUUAGGUUAAGGAACCCAUUACUGGCAUUUAGAAUUUAGUUGACCUAACCAAUUGCCCACUAACCUCCCUCCCUGCAUUUGACCAACCCUCUUCCAACAAGGUGCUUCUACCAUCAAGCCAAAAUAAACAGGUUCAAGAUAACCACUAAAUAAAUGCAAGGAUUCCUCCAUUGCUAGUGAAGAGUACUAACACUUUCACUAACACAUAAGCAUAACUAAUGACAAUUGAUUUCUGAUUUAUUUGAAAGUGUUUUUGCAACAUCUGUGUAGUAUUUUAUAAAACCUUAUUUCUGUAUUUUAUCUACUCUCUAUUACAGUCCACAUGCACACAUGAUAAGGUGGCUUUAAUUGGAUUCAGUAUUAUUUCCAGGAUUAGUUCAGGGCUUCUCAUUUCCACAUUGACUACAAAGAAAAGAAUUCACCAUCACCACCUCACAGAUUAGAAAAAAUCUUUAAAAAUUCCAGAGGAAAGACUAUACUUUCAGGGAUUAUUUCUAUAGUUCAUUAAAAAUUCUAGAGGAGAUUAUGUAAAGGGUACAUAUUGAUUGAUACAUAACAUUUAAACCUAGGUCUUAAAAUUAGUGCUUCAUUUAUCAUAUUAGAUUUCCCAAGGAACCACCCUGCUAUUCAAUAUCUGAGCAUAGCAAUUUUUUAAAUAACCCAAUUUUUAAAUUCAAAGUAAUACACAAACAAUUCCAAAUACAAUUUUUAUUUAGUGAAUACAAAAUGUUAAUAUCAUAGGUGAUGUACAAUUUAGCUUUGAAUGAGCUAUUGUGUUAUCACUGGGUCUCAUGCUAUCUAUUUUGGAAGGGUCAGAUUAGAAAACUGUUCUAAAUGAACACUUAAGAUCAACUUUAGAUAAUCUGAACUUGUUUUACGGUUGGGGUAAUUCCACAUUAAUAAAGAGAUAUCAUUCCUAUAAGUUAAACAUUAACUAAAAUGCAUUGAUAUCACCUCUUCUUUACCUGUUAAAAAGCUUCUCCAUUGAUCAUAUUUCAUCCACAUCUCACCUUGCAGAAAUGUACAGGCAGAUGUUUUCAUUUGUGUAAUCAAUCAGAUUUUAAAU